GUUAUUAAAUAGUCUUUAAUAUAUUUUUAUAAAUAUUUAUGAUAAUAAAGUUAUGAUGUGCUCGUAAAUAUUUCAGAUAAAAUGGGUCCGCCGAGAUUGUUGAAUCACAUGAGCAAUAUUCUAGAGAGCUUAGAAGAAUUUGACGCUAGUUCUAGGUUUACAGACCUAAGAAUAGUUUGUAUGGAUGGAGUUAUUCUUUCAUACAAGUUGUUACUGGGAGCGUGUAGUGAGAUGUUAAAACAUUGUCUUGAUGUUGAAUACGAGGGAGAAGAUGCUUGUAUUAUCCUUCCAACCCUGAACACAUGGGAAAUCAAGGUUUUCCAGUCUGCUUUACUGUGCCAUAAUGAAUCCCCAACUAAUAAAGAAUUGGAUGCAGUGCUCAAGGUGUUUGCCACUAUCGGAGGAAAUGUUGGACCGUAUGUUGAUGUUGAUCUUCAUACUCAAGACCCGGAACUAACCCUGGCGCCAGCCCUGAAUCUAGGUAGACCUGGAGCAAAACUGAACCUGGCUCCACCAGGAGUAGAACUAAACCUUGGCUCAGGUGGGACGGAUAUUGAUAUAUCUGAUCUCUCCAGUAUCUGCCUGCUCUCGGUAGAUCCUAAGUCUGAAACUGAGCAGGACCUGGAGAAGGAAGAGAGAAUAACUUUAAUAAUCCCGAGCUCACUUGAUGUAUUCCCAGUUUCUAAGAGAACAGAUAAGAUCCUGGACGAGGUAGAAGAACUAAAGCUCACUUCUGUGGAUGAAAAUCUUUACAAUAGAACUGAGAUUGAUAUUGAAGAUCUAAACCCUGCUCCGAGUCCUAAACCCAAACGGAAGUAUUCUUGUCCCUUCUGUGGGCGAGGUUUUGUGAACCUUGCUCCGUUUGAGAAACAUAUAGCUAUUCAUCAGGGAUCAGAGGGAGAGAAUCCUCUACCGGAGAAGGACCUGGAGCCGAAACCCAAAAUUGUGACAAGUUCUGAUUUUGUCUGUAACAUCUGUAACAAGAAGUUGACCUCCAGCAGUUCAUUAAAAACCCAUCUUGAUCUGCAUAACGGGGAGUUAAAUGUCGAGUGUGAGAUUUGCAAUAAAAGGUUUGUCAACAAAAGUACUUUAAAGAAUCACAUGAAGUCUCAUGAUGAAGAUACAAAUACACCCCGAUUUUUAUGUAAUAUAUGUGAAAAGAUAUUUUCUCAUCCGAGUAACUUAAAGAGACACAUUAAACAUGUUCACAUGGAUGACGAAAGUUCAAGAAAUCACGACUGUGAGCUGUGUGGCAAAAAGUUUAAAGAUAACGGAACUCUGAAAACACACAUGGCAAUCCACCAGGACACACGGAAAUUCCCGUGCACCAUGUGUAGUAAAUCCUUCGUUAAACGUAGUCAACUAAAAGCACACUUUAGAGUUCAUACUGGAGAUAAGCCGUUCACAUGUAACUUCUGUGUCAAAUCAUUCAAGACCGCUGCUCACUUAAAGUCCCAUAAGCUGAACCGUCAUGUUGGAAUUAAACUAAACAAGUCCCAUUUAUGCCAGGAGUGCGGUCAAGGAUUCGUCAAGGAGUAUGAUCUUCGGGUUCAUAUUCGACGACAUCGAAAUGAGAAACCGUUUAAAUGCCUUACAUGCGAGAAGAGUUUUCACGGAGAGCGACACUUCAUGGAGCACUCGCGGACCCAUACCGGAGAGAAACCUUAUCAGUGUGAGAAUUGCAAACGCUGCUUUGCGACAACUUCAGGACUGAGGCAGCAUUUCAAAUCCUACGCGAACUGUCGGUUGCAAGCAACAGAGGGAGCUUACUCUAAGUUCCCCCAAAAGAGAACUGAAUGGCAGAGGUUGGGCGGAAUUCAUAUAUCAGAGUUUAUCAUGUCGGAGAACUCCGAUCUUCAUAAUAUAGAGGAAUUUACAGUUGAAGAGCUGAAGGAUACUGAGGAGACUGUUGUUUAUAUAACCUCUGAUCUUGGCCUGGUUGGAGGAGGAAUGAUUGAACAGGAUCUAGAUGGACAAGUUAAUAUACAAUCUCUACCUAUAGAAAUAGAUACAGAGGGUGGAGAAGUGUUGAACCUGGUGGAAAUGACGGAAAAUCUUUGAAACUCUCCAAAGGCGAUUUUUCUUCCUUGUUCUCGACAAAUUGCUUAAUUUUUUAUGCCUGAUUUAUUCAGUAGCAAUUUAAAGAUAGUGUUUUCCAUGGGGAAAACGAAAUAUUUUUAUUGUUAGUUCUAUGCAGCUCAAGAAGAAACGAUUAAUCGUAUCCCUUUUUUUAAAGUAUUUUUUACUUCUACCUCUUUACCAAGAUAUUUUAUCAGCUUUAAAGCUGUAAUUUAUUUCAGAA